UUAAAAAUAAAAUUUAGUUUAUACAUUUUGUAGCUGAGUGUGUAUAUUUAGUUCUCUGCAAAAAUGGUAGAAACAGCAAAAACAACGACAUUUACGCGCACCACCACCUCUGUGCCAGCUCCAGCUCCAGCUCCAGGUUCUGCACCAGCGACCGCGCCCGUCCUGCCAGCAUCUGUGACAACAACAACGACAACAAUAAGGCCAACAAAUGCGCGCCGCAAUGACGAAACCGCGCGUGGCAUCUACAAUCUAAAGGUGAUCGUUUUCCUUUUGUUACUGCCGUUCAUACUGUUUGCCGUUUUUUUGAAACAUUUGCUGGACUACUUGUUUUCGCUGGGCGUGAAGGAGAAGGAUGUGCGCGGUAAAGUGGCAGUGGUUACGGGUGCAGGUAAUGGCCUUGGUCGGGAAAUCGCCAUUGAGUUGGCUCGUAAGGGUUGCAAAUUGGCCAUUGUGGAUGUGAACUCAAAAGGCUGCUACGAAACAGUUGACCUCAUUACCAAAAUACCAAGUGCCGUGGCCAAAGCAUAUAAGACCGAUGUCUCGUCGCCCCGUGAAUUGCAACUGAUGGCGGUGAAGGUUGAAAAAGAAUUGGGUCCUGUUGAGAUUUUAGUAAAUAAUGCAUCCUUAAUGCCGAUGACCUCGACACCACAUUUGACCAACGAUGAAAUUGAAACCAUACUCACUGUUAAUUUGGGUUCAUAUAUUAUGACCGUUAAGGAAUUUCUACCGAAAAUGGUGGCUAGAAAAUCAGGACAUGUUGUGGCAGUAUCAGCUUUGGCAGGUUUAGUACCGUUGCCCGGCGCUGGCAUUUACACCGCCACCAAAUAUGGCAUUAUGGGCUUUAUGGAAGCGUUGCGCGGCGAAUUACGUCUAUCUGAUUGCGAUUAUAUACGAACCACAGUGGCAAAUGCCUAUCUAAUGAAGACAAGUGGCGACUUGCCGCUUCUUAGUGAUGCGGGCAUUAUGGCCAGUUAUCCGGGCUUGCCGACACCCUAUGUCGCAGAGAAGAUCGUUCGCGGUGUGCUGUACAACGAACGUAUGGUGUACGUGCCGAAAAUAUUUGCACUCACUGUAUGGCUGCUCAGAUUGUUGCCCACCAAGUGGCAGGAUUAUAUGUUGCUGCGUUUCUACCACUUCGACGUGCGCAGCGCUCAUCUUUUCUACUGGAAAUAAGCGUGGCGCUACUGCAUACCCAGAUGCCAUCGUCCCCCUUCAGCAAUAUUCUUAUACUUUUAGUAAAUAUUUUGUAUAGUUGGAGCCGUAGCAGUUCGAAGCGCGUGACGUGGUAAGGCGUGUGAAAUAAAUACUGCCUGCCCACUGGACCCACUUUCAGCUGGUGUGCACGCUCCCCCAUACAUAUUUUGCGGUCACACUUUAAUGCAACACUGGCGUUGCUUCUCACAUUUAUGCAUUUACGUUUUUUCUCUUCCACACUAGCGUGGAAUAUUUUUGUUUAUUAUUAUCGAGUUUUGUAUUGCAAACUGUAAUGUUUUUUCUUUGUUUUUUUUUAAUUUGAUUGCAUUUUAUUUCGAUUCUUUUGUGUUUGCGAAAAUCAUUACACUCUUAUAUUGAAAGUGUAUACCAUAAUUUUGUAGCGUACGAGUACAAUGUUAGUCAUAAUAAAGUUAAUAAAACAAACAUAUAAAUUUUUAAA